GGACCCGCGUCUGCUGCGGCGCUCUGGAGAGGCAGAGACUCAGGCAGGGGCUGAAGUGCCACUUUCUCAGCAUUUUCAGUGCGGGCAGCAUCUUCUCCCAGCCCCGGGUACAGUAACUGCUGCACGCAACCUAUCCUCCGGAUCGGGACAGGAGAUUCAGGUUUGCGCCAUCCAUGCGACUGAGAGCGCACCAUCCACCUGGAUAAGCAGCAUCAGCAUCAGUGCAGGGAGAACACGGACGCAAGCAUCGCCACAAGAAUAUGAUGCUCCAACAGCACUUGCUUUUCGUGCUCUACAGCUUCUGUGGGAUUGUCAUUAAAGAGGCGGCAACGAAAAACAAAGUGAAAGGUAGCCAGACUCAGUUCCCCAUCACCCAGAAUGUGACGGUGGUCGAGGGCAGCACGGCUAACAUGACCUGUCGAGUGGAUUAUAAUGAUAACACCUCCCUCCAGUGGUCAAAUCCAGCACAACAGACCCUCUUCUUCGGGGACAAGAAAGCAUUAAGGGACAACCGGAUUGAACUGGUUCGAGCCUCGUGGAAGGAGCUGACCAUCAGCAUCAAUGACGUUACUCUGUCAGAUGAAGGACAGUAUACAUGCUCGCUCUUCACCAUGCCUGUCAAGACUUCCAAGGCCUUCCUGACUGUGUUAGGUGUUCCAGCAAAACCAGAAAUCACAGGCCUCUCGAGACCUGCCCAGGAGGGGGAGGACGUCACACUGACAUGCACCACAUCUGGCAGCAAACCGGCUGCUGACAUCCGAUGGUUUAGAAACGACAAGGAGGUGCAAGGUCAGAAGGAGGUAAACGCCACUGGGAGGUCAUUCACGGUCAGGAGUAGCGUACACCUCAAGGUGGACCGGAAGGACGACGGAGCAGCGUACACCUGCGUGGUGGAGCACAUAUCUCUGGGCUCUAUGCCGCACCAGGUCACAGAAGUGCUGGAGGUCCACUAUCCUCCUCAGGUUCAGAUUGUGCACUCAGUAAUAGUACCUCAGGAAGGACAGUACUUCAAACUGGAGUGUGUAUCCAAAGGCAACCCACUGCCUGAGCCAGUUUUCUGGACGAAAGAUGGAGGUGAGCUUCCUGAUGUUGAACGAAUGAUCGUGGAGGGUAGAGAUCUAAUCAUUACCACACUGAACAAAACAGACAACGGCACAUACCGCUGUGAGGCCAGCAACAUCCUCGGCACCAACAGGGAUGAAUUUACACUGUAUGUGUAUGAUCCCAACGCUCUGACGCAGCACGGUCCCGACCACGCUCUCAUCGGCGGAGUGGUGGCCGUGGUGGUCUUCAUCACCCUGUGCUUCAUCAUCGUCCUGGGCCGAUAUCUGGCCAGGCACAAAGGGACAUACUUAACCAAUGAGGCCAAAGGAGCGGAGGACGCCCCUGACGCAGACACUGCCAUCAUCAAUGCGGAGGGGAACCACGCACAUGCAGAGGAAAAGAAAGAGUACUUCAUUUAGCACCUCUGUUUUUUUCUGUUCAGUAUUGUCACGGCAACACUGCGAGCCAGCAGAGGAGGCGUUAUAGCGCUCCGCUCCCUAACAGCACUAGUCUGGUCUGGCUUUGUCUCUGUUUGCGAAACCUCUUUAAGGCCAAAUUCGACACGCCACCUGCUGAAAAAGAAUGUUGCCUCUUUUUAAACGAUUCUCAAUCGUCCAAAAAAACCAAACAAAUCUAAAAUCAGUUGAGUUUGUAACUGUAACACCAGGUCCAUUUAGGCCAAGAAACCCUAUCCCACCCCUCCAAAAUGACCCCCGUUUGAUUUGCAAAGUGCCAAAAUAUACAGACAUGUGCUUGUCAUGUUUGUUGCUGUGUUUACUCAUUUAAUUUCCCAGUGAAUGCUGAUUUCUCAACCACCCUCACUGUGCCUGUUAUAUACCUUUUUACAGAUAUUACCAGGGAGCGGCAAGAAAUGUGGUUCAUCUCAAGUCGGAAAACCUUGGCUUUGCCAAUAAUUACGCUUUAAGACAAGAAUAUGUGAGAUGUAUAAUGUAAAUAUCAUG